CCAACACACAAACCAGUAGUCACCAAUAACACUGCCUUUCUUCUCCUUCCAGAGAGUCGCGCUGAAGCCAUAAGAUCAGCAAGACGCCGCGGCCUCAACAGCUACACGGACAGCCUGCACGGCCUCGACCCAGCAGCAGCACCAGCAGGAGGAGGAGGAGGUGGAGAGGGAGAUGACGGGGGAGGCGGAGGAGGAGGACUUGGAAUCGGAGUCAGCAUAGGAGGCAGUGAGGAAGUAAGAGGAGAGGACGGCCUUGUGGGAGACCAAGGAGUUGAAACAGGAGGAGUUGGAGGAGCAGGAGUGCCGGGAGGAGGGGCAGGCGCCAUGUAUGCCUUCCAUCACGUGGACGGGAGCGGGAAAACCUACCUGAACCCCCGCAACGCCCCCUCCGACUCCUGCCCGAGGGACGACGCCGCCAUAGCAAGGAUGGGUCGCACGUGCCUCAGGAAGUGCAGUAACGACGAUGACUGUCUGAGCCGGCGGAAGGUGUGCCUCUGUGACGGCGUGUGUGGCCUCAGCUGUAUCAAGCCAGACAAGGAGUGCGUGGACCUGGACAACCCUCCCAACGGCUUCGUGGACGUGAAGGGCAAGGUGGUGGGUUCCGUGGCUACCUACUCGUGCAAGGAGGGUUACCACCUCAUCGGGCAGGUCACACGCCACUGCCAGGCCAACGGGAUAUGGACCUCAGCCCCCCCGGAGUGCAGAGAAAACCUGUACUGCACCGACCCGCCCGUCAUCCCCAACGCGCGGCACAACGGGAAGGAAGGACAGACCCGCUUCGAAGUCAACCAGAAGCUCCAGUUCUCCUGCUACGAGGGCUACACGACCCGGGGGUUCUUCGAGGCCAAGUGUCUCCUCUACAACAACACGAUGCAGUGGUUCGGCCCAGAGAUCGAGUGUGAACCCAAGACGUGUGGCGACCCCGGUGAUAUCCUGAACGGCGUCAAGGAGGGCAACUGCUUCACCUUCUCCUGCCGCGUCACCUACAACUGCCGGCCGGGCUUCGAACUCGUGGGCGCCAACAACUACUACUGCCAGCACGACGGUACCUGGCGGCCGAGAGAGCUGCCCGCCUGCACCCCCGUGCAAUGCGACAUACCAGAGAACCCUGAGAACGGCAAGGCCAUCUUCAUCGCCGUCUCGUACAACGCCGUGGUGUCCUACGAGUGCGAGUACGGCUUUAUGAUCGUCGGCUCCCCCACGCGGCGCUGCGGCCCGGACAAAAAGUGGAGCGACGUUGAACCCAAGUGUAAACAGAUCGACUGUGGACACCCGGGGAAUCUGUCCAACGGGUGGCUGGACAAUAUCGAGCAGGGGACGGCUCUCGGCUCGUCAAUCAUCUUCCGCUGCUACCCCAACAUGACCAUUGAGGGAGACCAGUCCACCGUGUGUCAGGCCGACGGCUCCUGGAGCAGGCCGCUGCCCAUGUGUCUGGCCCCGUGCAUCGUGCCCACCAUCGAGCACGGCAGGAUACGCAACGAGACGCGCUCCGGCAUGCAGGUAUCACACGGCCAGACCAUCGACGUGCAGUGCAACGAGAACUACGAGCUCGCGUACAGCCAGGCGCCCUCCCUCUGCUACAACGGCACGUGGACCAACUACCCGCGCUGCCAACCAGCCCGGUGCAAGCGGCUGCCGGAGCGCCCUCGUCAUGGCAUGGUGAUAGCCCCCAAGACGGACCACGGCAGACUGGCCAGGUUCCGCUGCAAGGACGGCUAUGUGCCCGACGUGAACAUAACCUACACAAAAUGUCACUAUGGGAACUGGACCAACCCUACGCCCAAGUGCAUUGAGGUGUAUUGUCCCUUCCCCGGCGAGUUACCUAACGGCAGAGUCCUUCUGGUGGGCAAUAUGGGCAUGUACGACUAUCGCUCCUACGUCAAGAAGGUGAAAAACAACCGUCAGCUGAGGUUCUCGUGUAACCGCGGCUACUUCCUAGUGGAAGGGCCGCCGGGAGCCACCUGUGUACACGGCACCUGGAGUCCCAAGGAGAUGCCCAGGUGUAAGCCAGACAUGCACCCGCGCCUCCGCUGGGUCAAGAGAUCCCUGGACGAGGAGCAGCUGUUGCCCACGACGCCCAUGCCUAUCCUCGACGCUAGCCGCUGGGACGAGGACGAGGGCGGUGAGGAUGAGGACGAAGAGGAAGAAUUUGAAAUGCAUGAGGAGGAGAUGGAGAAAGAGGAAAAAGAGGAGGAAGAGGAAGACGAGGACAACAUGAUACAGGGAGAAGCAAGUGACUUUGAAGCGAGAAUGAAGACGGGAGGGGGGAGGUGGAAGAAGAUGCAAAUCCCCAUCACCAGCGACUCCAUCACUCCAUCGCCACUCCCCACGGACAACCCCAGUCGACCCCUAUACCCCUCCACCCUCCUCCUCGGUCUCCUCCACUCAGGAACCCCUCAGGACGGCCGCGUGAAGGCCUCCCUCGGUAGGACGCUUCGUGGCCCUCUGGCGGACUACUACAAGGUGAUGAAGGAUGAAAAUAAGACCUUGGCCUCCUCUUCCGGUCCCGUCGUGAGGGUGCCGAGAAACGUGAUCGAGAAGGAGAAGAAACGGAAGAGGAGAAAUAAGUGGAAGAAAAAGGGCAAGAGAGACUCCCCUUCGCCCGUGCCCCACUGUGACCCGAUCCCAAGCCAACCGUACCUGCGCGUUGAGGUGGCACGGCGCGGCAGGGACAGCAACUACACGUAUUCCGCCGGGGCGCGCAUCAAGGUAACCUGCCUGCACGGGUACGGCCUCAACAUCGGGAACAGGACGGCCAAGUGUGCGCGGCGAGGGAAGUGGAAGCCCAAGAAGCCGGAGUGUGUGACGCUGCCGUGCUCCGUGCCCAAGAAGUCUCACGGGCAGUUCGUGUACGGCGGGGUGAACGUGCAGCCCCGCGCAGUCAUCAACCACGGCGAGGAGGUCAAGUUCACCUGUCAGAGCGGCUACACGGUGAUCGGGUCCGUCACGAUGCGAUGCUGGUACGGGACGUGGGCGGCGACGGCGAAGGCUCCGGAGUGUGUGGCCAACAACUGUGAGUUACCGGAGCUGAGUAACGGGAAGUACAACAGCGGCUACAAGAAGGGCCUCACCAUCAUCCACGGCGCCUCCAUUCCCUACACCUGUGACGAAGGUUACCUCAUGAGCGCCCACGACGUCUCUUGUUACCUGGGGCUGCUGAGACCCGCCCCGCCAGCCUGCAUUCGGCCCGUUCAGAUUCUGCCCAAAUUAGUGGAGCAGGUUGUCUCUCCUCAUCCCUUACCUGCCCCGGUCCCGAUUAAGAAAGAUGAGCCGACUCCAGACAACAGAGGUGGCGACAACAGCGGCCUCAAGAGAGAGUCGUGUGGACCCCCCGUGGUGGUGCCGGACUCUCAAGGCUUCGCACGAGACCUGCCCAUCAGCGAGGAUUGGACGUAUCAAGAUGGCGAGGAGGUCACCUUUACCUGCAAGACCAACAACAUCGGCGUCAAAACCACCUGGAAAGUGACCUGCAUGAACGGCACCUGGCAGGGCGGAAGGUCACUCUUUACCUGUGGCGCUGACGGGGCAGACAGCACGGACGCCACGAGCAAGCCGGGGGAGGAGCACGAGGAGGAAGUGGACUAUGGUACGCAGCCUUGCAAGUGGGAGAAGUCGGAGCCUAAAGUCGUGACCUUCUUCGGCGACCAAGAGCUCACGGAGGAGGCGACGUUCCAGCCUGCCGAUGAGCUGGUAUCCAGGUGUGUCGACAUAGGUAAAUACGCCCUAAUUGGUUCCGUGAGAAGGAGGUGCAAGGACGGCGGGUGGACGGGGGAGAAGCCGAUCUGUCAAGGGCUGAGUCAAGAGAAUGAUUAUUCGUUGGACAAGCCCCCGACCAUCCUGUUCCGCCACGAGCACGGUCCGAUGGCCCAGAGCAAUGAUGGGAAGCUGGUGGUAUUCCCCGACACGGUGCUCCACCUCGAGUGUCUCUUCAGGAGGCGACACGGAACGCCCAAGUGGAACGUCUCCCUCUCCAGCUCAUUCUUGCGAGGAAAGAAGCGACGAAGGAAGGGAAGCAAGAAGGGAAUGAAGGGCGGAGGAAAACCAAGAACGGGAGGCACUCUGGUGCCAUACCCGAACGGCUGGGCCAACGCGCCGGGGAGGAACAUGCAGCUGGAGUAUCGUCUGACCAUCUCGAAGGCUCAACCCAAGGACAGCGGCGCUUACGCGUGCACCACUCCUAUGGGGCACAAACACGUGGUCACGGUGGAGAUAAAGAGUGUCUAUUGCCCCUCUAUGGAGUCGUACAACCUCACGGAGUACAACCCGCAGCUUGUCUAUGAGCCGCCCAACGAUCAUAAACUCAGUACUGAAAUCAACUUCUCGUGUGUCCCCGGCUUCUCCCUGAUCGGGGCUCCCAUGAUAAAGUGCUUACCGUCGGGCAAUUGGUCGGCGCCUAUACCGGAUUGCGAGAUGGAUAAAUGUGUCCCACCGGCGCCCCCUGAAAAUGGCAUAAUGACGGGGGAGAGCAAGCCGCCCUACCAUGCCGGGGACGUGGUGGAGGUGAAGUGCGACUCCAACUACAUGUUGGAGGGCAAACAGCUGCUCGUGUGCCAGGAGGACGGCCAGUGGUCAGCCGAAGUGCCCAAGUGUCUGCUCGCCUGCACGUACCCCGGCACCAUCAUCUCGGGCACAAUGAGCUCCAUCAAGUUCUACUACCCCAUCAACGACAACAUCACCUACACAUGCAGCGAGGGCUUCGUGCUGGACGGCGCCCGCUCCAUCGUGUGUCUGGAGGGCGGCAGCUGGUCGGCGCAAGUCCCCACGUGUCUCCCCGUCGAGUGAAAGAAAAUGGGACGCGUGUAUGCAUCAAAGUCCCAUUUUCCUUUAUCCCAGAAAACUUGUUUAAGAUGGGAAACUUUUCAAUAUUCUGACUACAGCAAAUAACUGCCCGACACAUAUACCUGACUCGCAGAAUGGGAGACUGUCAACUUUUCAGCUAAUAUGUCACACUAAAAACAACAAACUCACUCGGAAGAGAGGAUCAAGUUCUUCGUAAAGUCGCCAUUGAAACUCUCAUUGCAGGACACAAGAUUUCGAAUGAGGCGACCUAAUUCUCCAGAUGCUUCCUUAAUAUUUUUCAGACUUUCUAAAGAAUGACCGGAAAAAAACCCCAUUAGGGUACUGAACGUUUCAUAAUGUUCUAGCGAGUAUAUUCUAUGGUGGUAUCGAACCCCUUAUUGUGAGGUUAUAAAGAGAAAUAACCAAAACAAUAAGAACGAGUGACGUCAGGAGAGAGAGAGAGAGAGAGAGAGAGAGAGAGAGAGAAUUAUUGCGUGUUACUCAGCGCACCGUAACAUAUCACUAACUAAUAUCACUCAAAUGUUCACACCCGGACUAUAACAAGAUCUCCCUUUUCCUGCCUCCCCUCUCACUCCUGAUCAAGAGAAUGCGAAAAGAGGGAGAAGAAAAGUGAUGUAAGUAACCAAAGUACGAGAGAGAGAGAGAGAGAGAGAGAGAGAGAGAGAGAGAGAGAGAGAGAGAGAGAGAGAGAGAGAGAGAGAGGGGGGGGGGGGGGC